AUGUCCUUCGUCUACAGAAACUCCGACAAGCGCAUGCUGGAUCCUAACCAACACUCCGAUCAUGGCAUUGGUGCCGAAGCAGCUCUUAAGCAACUCACGGACAAGCUUGUUGAAUAUGGCCUCGAUACUCCAGAGCGGGUGGCAGAGCUUCAAAGCUUCAUGGUGGAUUAUACUCCCCGGACCUUAACAGUUCUUCUUGGAGCCAUCGAAUCACUCAAGAAGAAGCGAGACGACAGCCCACCUCUGCUCGUUCACGAGGAGCCCCCCGAAGGCGUUGAUGAGCUAUUCUAUGUCGACUUUCCCAAUAGCGAACUCCGUUUGCUCUACCAUAGGAUGUACGACCCUCAGAACAGACCCGACACCCCCCGCUAUUGGCAGUUCUAUGUCCGUUCCCGUACAUCCCAGCCUCUUGCGCGCAAGCCUCUUGUUGAGAUGGAAUGCGUUGGCCCCGGCGACUGGCACAUUACCGAACUAUAUUUGGCACGACCGGAUGACGUCCUUCGUAUCGACAAGAGGCAUAUUUUCCGCUUGCCGCGACUUGGUGGGGACGCCGCUGACAUUCCUUCCCAACGCCUUCGUUAA